AUGAAUCUCCUGAAUGCGUUGCUAACCCAGCUAGCACUCAAUAAUCUUGAUGCGUACAUCUUGAACCACACAGACGAGCACCUCAACGAAUUCAUAUCGGAUGCUGACAUGCGCGUUAAAAGAUUGACGGGAUUUACGGGAAGUAACGGAACGGCCGUCAUUACCAAGACAGAAUGUGUUCUGUACACAGAUAGUCGGUACUACCUGCAGGCCAAGAAGGAGCUUGUAGAGCCGUUCAAAAUGAUGAGAAUAGAUGAGGACAAGUCAGUGUUAGAAUUUUUGAAAGACACAAUUGGGGAGGGUCGGGUUGGAGUGUGCUUACGGCUGAUAUCGCACGAGCGCUAUAAACAAAUGAGUGAGGAGUUUGAAGAGACUAAAUUAGUUCUGGUGCCGGUCGAGGAGGAGCUGGUUGAGAUCAUCUGGAAGGAUAGACCGAAGAGAAACCCGGGUAGCAUUGUCGAUCUGGAAAAGUACGCCUUUGACGAAUACAUGACAUUUCUAAAAAACGAUAAAGUAAAGAAACUAUUUGACGAACUAUUUAGGGACAGCUACAAAUACGAGUAUGAUGAAAUGAUUGAACCUGAUUUGAUACCGGGGCUGACACACUCUAACAAAAUAAGAAUCGUGCAGAAGAGUCUAAAGAAAGAUGAAGCAAUAAUUUUGAGCGCAUUGGACUCGAUCGCGUGGUUGCUGAAUCUAAGAGGCAGAGAGAUUGCUAAUAACACGGUGUUCUAUGCGUAUGUAUACAUCACAAAGGAUAGUUUGGUAAUAUUUACCGAUGCAAAGGUGCCUCGAGACAUCGGGCUCAGGAGAUAUGACGAGUUCUACGAGUUUUUGAAACAAACUGACGAAAACACUGUGUACGUGUCUGAUAGAGUGAAUGCUAGCAUAGUUGACAUUCUAGGCGAGCAUCGCACGAAGGAAAAUAAAUUGGUGGAAAAGUUGAAGAGCGUGAAGAACAGGAACGAGAUCAUGGGAUUUUUUCAGGCUGCAAUAAUGGAUGGCGUAGCACUUGUCAAAUUGUUCACGUGGCUGAACAAGAAUAAGGACAGAAUUACGGAAAUAGGUAUCAGUGACAAAUUGUUGGAGAUAAAGUCACAGUUGGUGCUUGGUAGAGGAAGAGAAACCAAGACGGACAAGAAUGAGGAAAAAAGCAUGAAUUUAAGUGCUAGACAGAUAGAAGACGAAGUAGAUGUGAAUCCAUUGCUGGUUACCAUCGGUUCGAAAGAAUUAGUGCACCUAUUUUUUGAGCUGUUCACCGGCAGAUUGACCGAAAAAAACAAGAGUCUGCUGCAAAACAUGGUAAGAAUUAAUAAGAAUAUGUUUUCCAGCUCACCUGUGGAAUCGCCAAGCGUAGAAAAUAACAAAAUUAGCGGUAAAAAUGGAGAAUGGAACAUUGCAAAGACUGGUUUUCUCUUUCCAAGUUUCUCGACAAUCGUUGGAUACGGAAACCACGGUGCAAUCGUGCACCACUCAGCAAGUGAUACAACAGUGGAUGACAAGAGCUUAAUCUUGAUAGAUUGUGGGUCUCAAUUCAUAUUCGCUACAACUGACAUCUCGCGGACAAUUCACUUGGGCACACCCAGCGAUGAGCAAAUACACGAUUUCACGAACGUGUUGAAGGGACAACUGCUCGCAAAGAGGCUGGUGGGCCCAAAGAAUCAUAUAGCUGGUCUGAUACAAGACCUACCUCGGUACUACCUGUGGCCCGAAAAUAAGAACUAUGGACAUGGAACAAGUCAUGGCAUAGGAACUGCACUUUAUGUGCACGAGUCACCGCCACAAAUACGUUUCGACGCUACCAUCGAAGCUCAUCAGAUAUUUACGAUCGAGCCUGGGUACUACAAAGAGGGAAGUUACGGGGUACGAAUUGAGGAUGCUGUAAUAAGUCUUUACAAUGGCAACAUUUUCCUACAGAACAUGACAUUUGUUCCUCUUCAACUGAACCUUAUCGAUGUUUCGUUGCUUAAUGAUGAGGAGGUCGAUUACUUGAACAGGUACAACCAGAAUGUGCAAAAUAUUCUUGGUGAGUAUCUGUAUGAGAAGGAGGAGAAGGAGUGGCUGAUAAGCAACACGAGGUUCUUCAAUAGAGUGUGAAAC